GUUUCGCCCCCUCCGACGCCGCCGAGGUAGCAGCUUCACCUUUAAGGCGGCGCGGGGACUGCUGGGAAGGCCGGCGGGAUGGAGGCUGCGGGACCGGCUCAGGGUUGCGGGUCCCGGUGAAGCAGGACGGGAGCCGGAGCCAGAGCCGGAGCCGAAGCCGGAGCUGGGCCGAGCGUGAGGCGCAGGCCCAGCGCCCGCCUGUCGCUCCUUCACUUUCGCAGGUGGAGCGGCCAUGGCCACGAUGGUGCUUCCGCGGGAGGAGAAGCUGAGCCAGGAUGACAUCGUGCUGGGCACCAAGGCCGUCAUCCAGGGAUUGGAGACCCUGCGCGGGGAGCAUAGGGCCUUGCUCGCCCCUCUGGUUGCACAUGAGGCCGGAGAGACCGAGCCUGGAUCGCAGGAGCGCUGUGUCUUCCUGCGUCGCUCCCUGGAAGCCAUAGAGCUGGGGCUGGGGGAGGCCCAGGUGAUCCUGGCGCUAUCCAACCACCUGGGGGCGGUGGAGUCGGAGAAACAGAAGCUGCGGGCUCAGGUGCGGCGCCUGGUCCAGGAGAACCAGUGGUUGCGUGAGGAGCUGGCGGGGACACAGCAGAAGCUGCAGCGCAGUGAGCAGGCCGUGGCCCAGCUGGAAGAGGAGAAGCAGCACCUGCUGUUCAUGAGCCAAAUCCGCAAGUUGGACGAGGAUACCUCCCCCAACGAGGAGAAGGGCGAUGUCUCCAAAGACUCUCUGGAUGACUUGUUUCCCAAUGAGGAUGAGCAGAACCCAGCCCCCAGCCCUGGUGGAGGGGAUGUGGCUGCCCAGCAUGGGGGCUACGAAAUUCCAGCCCGACUACGCACCCUGCACAACCUAGUGAUCCAGUACGCCUCACAGGGCCGCUAUGAGGUGGCCGUGCCGCUAUGCAAGCAGGCACUGGAAGACCUGGAGAAAACAUCAGGCCACGACCACCCUGAUGUGGCCACCAUGCUGAACAUCCUGGCGCUGGUGUAUCGGGAUCAAAACAAGUACAAGGAGGCUGCCCACCUACUCAACGAUGCCUUGGCCAUCCGGGAGAAGACACUGGGCAAGGACCACCCAGCUGUGGCCGCAACACUGAACAACCUGGCAGUUCUGUAUGGCAAGCGAGGCAAAUACAAGGAGGCAGAGCCGCUCUGCAAGCGGGCACUGGAGAUCCGGGAGAAGGUCCUGGGCAAGUUCCACCCUGACGUGGCCAAGCAACUGAGCAACCUGGCUCUACUGUGUCAGAACCAGGGCAAGGCCGAGGAGGUGGAGUACUACUACCGGCGGGCCCUGGAGAUCUACGCCACGCGCCUCGGUCCUGACGACCCCAAUGUGGCCAAGACCAAGAACAACCUGGCUUCCUGCUACCUGAAACAGGGCAAGUACCAGGAUGCCGAGACGCUCUACAAGGAGAUCCUCACUCGUGCUCAUGAGAAGGAGUUUGGCUCAGUCAAUGGGGACAAUAAGCCCAUCUGGAUGCACGCAGAGGAACGGGAAGAGAGCAAGGAUAAGCGCCGGGACAGCACUCCAUAUGGAGAAUACGGCAGCUGGUACAAGGCCUGCAAAGUAGACAGCCCCACAGUCAACACCACUCUGCGUAGCUUGGGGGCCCUAUACCGGCGCCAGGGCAAGCUAGAAGCCGCGCACACUCUGGAGGACUGCGUCAGCCGCAGCCGCAAGCAGGGCCUGGAUCCUGCCAGUCAGACCAAGGUGGUGGAAUUACUGAAAGACGGCAGUGGGGGGCGUGGAGACUGCCGCAGCAGCCGAGACGUGACUGGGGGGGGCGGUUUUCGGGAGGACCUGGAGGACACAGGGCCUACAGCCGAGUGGAACGGGGAUGGCAGCGGCUCCCUGCGGCGCAGCGGCUCCUUCGGGAAGCUCCGGGAUGCUCUGAGGCGCAGCAGUGAGAUGCUGGUGAAGAAACUUCAGGGGGGUGGUCCCCAGGAGCCCCCUAACCCUAGGAUGAAGCGAGCCAGCUCCCUCAACUUCCUCAACAAGAGUGCUGAGGAGCCCGUCCAGCCUGAAGGAACGGGCCUCUCUGACAGUCGCGCCCUCAGCUCCAGCUCCAUGGACCUCUCCCGGCGAAGCUCCCUCGUGGGCUAA